AUGCCUCCACGGAAGCAACCGGCUUCAAUGCCUAAGUUUCACAUACCACUACCCCGACAGCCCCGGGAAGCACAUGUCCGUCUGCAGGAGAAGCAGGCACCACCCCAACAGCACCAUCCAAUGCCUCCACGGAAGCAACCGGCUUCAAUGCCUCCACCUCUGCAACCACCGAACGUCGAAGAUCCGAAGCAGGUGCCCCCAGGUCCUCAGAGUUCACCGGUGGGGCAGACAUACCAGGGCCAGACGGAACGCCUGCCAGAACCGCCACAGGAACCACACCUGGCACCAGGACAGAGCAAGGAUCCGCCGGGGAUCCUCCACUCACAGACAAGCAGGGAAAGUCAUCUUCCAGGAAAACUGAAAGGGUCUCAGCACGAGGAGCGUUGCAGCUGGGCGCCACGUGGCCCACAGCGCCACACCGGAAACAGGUUCAUGUCUGACCCUGAUAAAAUAUCCGCAGAGAGAGCCCACGAAACGAAACCCUGGAAGGAAUCGGGCACGUGA